ACGCACCUCGAUCGCACCCUGAACAAAAACUUUCAGAAAGUUCCGACGCCUGCGGCGGCGAAGGGCCAGCAUGACAAACUGAGAAAAGGCCAGCGUUUGGUGAAGCUCCUUUCCUUCUCAUGUGUCGUUCUUUGGCUCUCGCUGGCCUCAGGCUCCAGCCCCUCUCGCAGCUGGGCAGUCUCUCGGCUACCGUCGAGUCGCUGAUCUGCGGUGGUGCAGCAGAGAAGAGGGCAAUCCAAACAGAGGUACACACUUCAAGUCAGCAUUGCCCAGAGACAGCUUCUGAUUGGAACUUCCAGCUACAGAGGGCGAGCAAACCGAGAAGGAGUGCAUUUGGCUCGUGUGUCAACUUUUACUCCCAGCAUUACGUCCGCCAGAAAGCGACCCCUUCUUUUGCGAAGCGCACGUUUGCUGCCAUGGCCACCGCUCCUGGACCCUCCCCCAACCCUCCCAGCAUCACAAUCAAGGUCCCGCCAAGGGACGAUUCAGUCCCAGUCAACGGGGUCGUGGGGCUCUCAGAAAGCGAUCUUGACGCUGCGGUAAACUCCGUCCCGUUUCAGCAGUGGCUCAAAGCGCUGGGGUCCAAGUCGGGGCUGCUGACGCUGGGGGGCAACGGUGGCGCGCGCGUGUCCCUGCGCAGCGUGCUGGUGCAGAGCGUGGACCACUUUGGCAAGCGCGUCGGGUUCGUCAAGUUCAAGGCGGAGGUGGUCGACGAGGCCACCGGGAAAACGUUGCCGGGGAUAGUGUUUGCGCGCGGAGGCGCUGUGGGCAUCCUCAUGCUGUUGAAGGCGGAGGGCCGCACGUGGGCUGUCCUGACAGAGCAGGCGCGGGUUCCCGUGGGUCGGGCGCUCAAGGAGCUGCCAGCUGGCAUGCUGGACGACGACGAGGGGGACUUCAGCGGGACGGCCGCCAAAGAGGUUGAGGAGGAGGUGGGCAUUCACAUCAAAGGCUCCGACCUGGUGGACCUGACGGCGCUGCUCGACGAGAGCACGGGGCGGAGGAUGCUGCCGUCACCGGGUGGCUCAGACGAGGAGAUCGGGCUCAUGUUGUACAGAGCGAAGGUGGAUGCAAAGGUUAUCAAAGACCUCCAGGGGAAGCAGACCGGCCUCCAAGACCACGGAGAGUUAAUUCAGUUGGUGGUGGUCCCAUAUGAGGACCUAUGGAAGUCGACCGCCGACUCGAAAGCCCUGGCGGCAAUAGCCUUGUACGAGAACGCCUCGCGUAGGGGGCUCUUACCGCCCGCGCCUAACGCCGAGUCUCAAUAGCGUGGCUUCUUUGCCGCUUGAGUGAGCUCUGCCUGUACAGUGAACCAAAGAGUCUCUUUGUAUCAUGAGAAUCCGUUGCUUGAAACUCAAUGGAGUGCCCACAACUUUUGAGAGCCUAUCUAGGCAUGACGCAUAACGAGAUCAACAUUCAACUGCCUUCGGGAGGACAUGCAAAAAAGAGCCUCCGUGACUUAGUGCACGCAAGACGAAGAUUGGGCCAUAUAUAUACGCUCAGUGUCUGGCGUGGCGAUUGCCUCAUGC